AUGUCCUGCUCGCACGAGCAUCAUAGCCACGGUGGCGAUGACCACCAUGGCCACGAGCACGACCAUUCAGACGACAUCACGCCGGCGUUGCAGCACUCGCUGUACCAGCAGAUCAACUUUGACGAGAUCACAACGCUCAACGAGGCUGUGCCCGACAGCGGACGAGCCAUAGUGAAGAAGACAUGGACCGACCGGCUCAGCGUGGACGUCGAACUCGAGAGCGACGCCGAUGAGCAGCUGCUCAUGACCGUGCCAUUCACCGCCCAGGUCAAGCUCCACGCCCUCCUCCUCCGCACGUCCCCGGCGCCCUCGGCGCCGCGCACCCUGCACGUCUUCCUCAACCGCGACGACCUCGACUUCGCGUCGGCCGAGGACAGCCCGCCGACGCAGACGUUUGAGCUCGCGCAGACGUCCGACGUGCAGGAGAUCCCCGUGCGGCGCGCCCUCUUCGGCAAGGUCCGCCGCCUGACGCUCUUCUUCCCGGACAACUUCUCCGCCGGCGACGACGACGUCACGCGCCUUUCGUAUGUCGGCUUUCGGGGCGAGUGGACGGCGCUCGGCCGGGCGCCGACGAAUAUCGUCUACGAGAGCGCCGCGCGGCCGAGCGACCACACGGUCAAGGGAACGGGGAUCAACCAGGUCGGGGGCGGAAUCGGAGGGAGGGGGGAUGGGAUGUAA